GUCGGGUUGAUGUUGACCAUGUGAUAACAAGGAAAAUGCAGCUGAUAGCAGAAGCUGAGCAGUUAAAGCCAGCUUUCAUGAAGGAGGUGGACAGUCACUUCACAGAGUUUGUGGACAGUUUGAUUGAGAAGUCUGUGAUCCUGGAAUCUUCCACACCAGCAUCCACUUUUUCAACUGCCAGUUCAGAGAAAGACCUGAACAAAAACAGGGGCUUGAGAGCGCCUCCAGAACAUGGGAAGAUUUUCACUGCCAGACGGUCACUUUUGGAUGAACUGUUUGAACUGAGCCACAUCAGGACAAUCUACCACAUGUUCAUUGCUCUCCUCAUUAUCUUCAUUCUGAGCACGGUUGUAGUAGACUUUAUUGAUGAAGGAAGGCUGGUGUUAGAUUUUGAUCUCCUGGUCUUUGCUUUUGGCAAGUCUACUGUUGUUGCUUGCACCUGGCCCUGCAUGUUUCUUGGCACAUUCAUUAUACCCUAUGGCCUUUUCCAUCAGUGGGCCCAGGGGUACAGCAAUUCCUCUCACCAGGCAGUCCGCUCCUUUUUUUAUGGGAUGCUUUUCAUGCUUUUUCAAGUGAUUGGACUUGGGAUUGGACCAGUCUAUGUUGCAGUGGCAUACGCUCUACCUCCAGCCUCUGGGUUCAUUGUGAUGCUUGAACAGGUUCGUCUCAUCAUGAAAGGCCAUUCAUUUAUCAGAGAGAAUGUUCCUCGGGUCCUGUCUUCAGUCAAGGAGAAGUCAAGUACUGUACCAGUUCCCCGGAUUACUCAGUACCUGUACUUUCUGUUUGCUCCCACCCUCAUCUAUAGAGACAGCUACCCCAGGACUCCCAGAAUAAGAUGGAGUUACGUGGCUACCAAGUUUGCACAGGUGCUUGGUUCACUUUUUUACUCCUACUAUAUCUUUGUGCGACUCUGCAUCCCUCAGUUCAGGAACAUAAGUCAGGAGCCCUUCAAUCUGCGAGCGCUGGUCCUCUGUAUCUUCAACUCCAUUCUGCCAGGUAUAUUGAUGUACUUCCUGAUUUUCUUUGCGUUCCUUCACUGCUGGCUUAAUGCAUUUGCGGAGAUGUUGCGCUUUGCAGAUCGAAUGUUUUACCAGGAUUGGUGGAAUUCCACAUCCUAUGCAAACUACUACAGAACCUGGAAUGUGGUAGUACAUGACUGGCUGUAUUACUACGCGUACCGGGAUAUCCUUUGGUUAUUUGGUAAGAAGUUCAAAGCAGCUGCUAUGCUGUCUGUUUUUGCUAUCUCCGCUGCUGUACAUGAGUAUGUCCUGGCCGUCUGCUUUGGUUACUUCUAUCCAGUCCUCUUCUGCCUUUUCAUGUGCUUUGGAAUGGUUUUCAACUUCAUUCUUAAUGACCGUCGAAAAGGGCCCUUUUGGAAUGUGAUCAUGUGGACAUCUCUCUUCUUGGGUCAGGGAGUCAUCAUUUGCCUUUACAGUCAGGAGUGGUAUGCACAUCAGUACUGCCCCAUAAAAAAUCCCACGUUCCUGGACUACAUGAAACCACGCUCCUGGACUUGUCGUCAUGUUCAGAUUUAAAACCAUUACACCUGGGCGCUCAUCUUACCACCUACUGCUGAAGAUCCGAUGUGUGCAUCGUUUUGGAUUUGGAUCAGUAACAUUCACAGUGAAUGCUUUUCAAGGGAAGUUGUGCCUCCUUAUUACUGGAGAGAAACUUUUUUUUGUUUUGUUUUUUGGAACUCUCCUGAGGCAGUCCAGUUGAAUUGGACUGCAGCAGCCUUUGCAGGUUGCAUUCAUUGCACACAGUUCCACUCUGAACCAUUUUUAUGCCAGUCAAACAUUUAAGCUGAAGGUUGAAGUCUACUGAAACCUAGCUUUAUCCCAGUAGUGCUUCAUAUUUUUGCCACACUUCUUCAAAGGUUCAGCUGUGGCCUCUAGUAGUCUUUUAGCCAUUCCUUUUCAUUUCUUUCCUCCUUCAGUAAUUUUUCUCAUCUACAGCAUGUGUGGCUUAUGCAUGGGGUCUUUUUUCUUUGCUUUUCAGCCUUCUUGUUGCUAUGGCACUGAUAAGUGGCAGAGUAACAGGAUCUGUUUGCAUUGUUGUCAUGGAAAUAGCCAAAGUACUGGUAGAUGGCUUUCUGUCUUCUGUCUGGAACUACAUUCCACAGUGUCUGAUGGCAGAGAAUGGGCUAAGAAAGUGUGGUGGGGAUGGAAAUGGAAACUUUAAUGCUGAAUGCUUUCUGUAGUUUCAGUGGAGGGUCACUUGUUGCUACUAGCUUUAUGAAGAGAUCAGCUAUGCUCAAAAUAGGGUGCAAAUGUGUGCACAUUUUUAUAGCCUUUUUUUUACAUUGUUUUUUGUCUUGGAAGUUGGACUUCCUUCAGUCAGUCUAUUAUGAUUCCGUGAUGGUGGUGGUUGUGAUCUGAAGAUCACGUGGCUGAGGAGCAGUUGAUUUCCUUGCAGCUUUACUCCCUAUAAUUCCUAGGCUAGUACGUUCUCCUUUUAAGUACACUUUUAUAAACAAAAGAAAAACAAAACAAGCUGCCAAAUUUAAAAUGAAAGCUUAUUACUGUGCAUAUGCAGUUUUUACUCCAGAUACUUAAGCACUUUGAAUAUUAAGGAGGAGCUGUGGCAAUCCAUUGAUUUCAGUGGAACUCAGUAUUGUUUUCCUUAUUCAAAGCUCCAUUGUGUAAGGUGCCCAUUAGUUUUAGUCAUUAGGCUGUAUCUUGUCAGGAUUAACUCCCUGACGCAGUUGAGAAUAAAAGAUUGAGUCGAAUCUUUUGCACAACUAGGAAAUUGUCUCCCUUGGAAUGUUGCAUCAAAAAUAUCUGGAGUUGAGGGAGUGAAGGGAGCUUUAUACUCUGUUUUUGGGGAAUAGAGGGGUCGCCCACUUAAAAGAAAUGCAACUGAUUUGAUGGAAUUGUUUGAAUAUCAUUCAUGACAGCAUUUAUGUAUAGAUUUUUUUAAUCUAACAAGAUUCUUUUUCUCCCCUGCCAAAUAAGUGUCUGUCACCUGCAAUGCAGAACUUAAUUAAAGUGUAUUACUUCUGUUUGCUUGGCUCUUAUUCUUUAAACCACCACUUAAAAUGAAAAAAAAAAAAAAAAAAAAAAAA